UACAAGUUGCACCCGAGCAGGCGUAGUACAAAAAAUCAACUUGUUACCAAGUCCGAACAAAAAUGUUGGAGGAGAAGGUCGAGACCACUGGCUAUGUGCCCCAAUAUUUCCUCUCGCUGCCGCGCAAGAUCAAGAAACUACUACUAUAUCGCUUUCUGUUUGCCACAUUACUGUGCUCGUGGCUGGACUAUCAGAUGCUUGCGAUUUUUAUGUGCGUCAAUUUAUUCGAGGUGAGGCGACCUCUGGCCUCCCUUAACGAAAUCUUGGGAUGGACUCUCUUCUCAGUGUACACCUGCAUUGUAAUGUUGUUUGUACGGUUGAGCAUGGUGGGUUAUGGCCUGAUGUUAUGCCACGUACACUACGCAAGCCCCCGGUGGUACAGAUACAAACUCUUGGGGAUCGUCAACGAGUUUCCCAUUCGUAUCUGCCUCUUUUCAUGGAUACUCUCAACAACGGUCGUUAGCAGCUGGUUAUACGCGUCCUUCGUGGAUUUGGUUGACGGAAAUUACGCGUUGGGAGGAUCCUGGUAUUACCUCAUGACCUUUGGUUGCUUUUGUGGAAUUUCCCAUUUCCACAAGCAUCACGGAAGACGUCUUAGAAGAUUCUCGCUGCCCAUGGUGCAUCUUGAUAUGAAGGAGUGCCUCCUGCAAAUCUGGUGUCACCAAUUGAAAUGUUCCGGGAAAGAAGCUUUCGCCCCAACUUUAUUAUUCGCACUGAUAUACUGGCCAUCGAUGGGCUACUUGGAAGCAACUGAAUUUGGUGGAGUCGUCACGGGAUUUACUGUGGUUCUAAAGCAACCCACACGACUCUUUCAGGGUUGGCUGCUAUCCACCCUGAUCCUGGCCAAAUUGCACAUAGUUCGAGAGGUUUACGGCCUGAUUAUGCAGCGGCAAUUAUCCUUGAUCAAUGAUUCGAGGCGCCUGCACGAGUAUCUAGAUGUCAAUCUGUUUAGCCUGAUACUAGAGCGAUUUCAGUAUUUUGUCUGCAUGAUGCAAAUGAAACCUGUGCCGUUGGAUGUGCAACGUUAUAAUCUCUCCUUACCGAUUGCCAUGGCCUUGGAUUCGGCGGAAAUAUAUGGCUUUCAACUACUGGCAGCCCGUGAUUUUUACGCCGCCAUGUCGGGCAGUCUAUGCAGUGAACUAUUCAAGCAGCAAUGUUUCAAGAGAAAUCAGAACUGGAGUGAGUUAUGCGACGUUGUGCUGGAAAUGGCGGAUGAUUUUCUUGCCAGGAUGGACUCCUGUCUGGAGGCUGCUCCUCGCAUAAAGGUCUGCAAUUUGCUGAGGAAACAAGUGCCCAAGAAGUCGCAGCUUCGCUCCUUGGUGAAGCCAGCUCCAGCACCACCACGAGCUAGCUCUAUGUGCCGAGGGCCUCCACAGUGUCGGAUGCCCGAGCACAUUUGGUGUGCCUGCAAUCUGAGAAGAUACCUUCACGACAGGAUACUUGCUCACUGGCAGUGUUUAUGGCUUAGAUUGCCAGUGGUUCCGCGAUACUAUAGCCUUUUCUACGACACAGAUCCCCUGGCUAGGCUCAACCACGAGUUGCGAUGUGCAGAGCCUCUGGCUUGGGCUCUUCAAGGACUCGUUUGCGUUUGUGUGAGAUCCCUGAAGGAAGAUAUAUUUGGCUACAUCCAGGGCGACCUGAGUCGAGUUCUCGCUUGCCUCUUGAAGGUGGAGGAAAAGUUGAUCACCGCGGAGGAAAUGCAGGCGAGAGAGCGCGGAAAACUGUGCUCCAGCCACGGUCUUUUAAUGUUGGCCACAAACCGCUGUUUAUACAAAAUGCUGUUUACUUUCGGCCCCCAUUUGGACUUCAUUGUGGAUGAAUUGCAGUUGGUGGAGAAAUGCAAACGUAGGAUGGAGACGAUACCCUGAGACUGUUUAUUUUCUGGCUAUUUAAAAUUGAUAUUUUUGUUUUGUGUAUUUGAAUAAAGUUUAUAAAGA